AUGUGUUGCGCCAAUUUAGGUUCUCACAAAUGGCUUACCUUUCUUAAGACUGCUGGGGAUACGCUCGACUUACCCGCUAUUGUUUCUUCGUCGUCAUCCUCAAAACCCGAUCAUGGCUGCGUAUCCCGCUGCAAACAAUCUAUGUCUUUUUGUGCCACAAUUCUGAUCCGAGGUUCGGAUAUGUCAACUCUGAUUCUCGUUCAGCGAUGCCUGCUAUUUGCCAUACAUAUCUGCUACAAUGGUCACUUGGAGAAAAGUUGCAUGCGUGAUAUGGGCAUUUGCUUCACUCCGGCUGCGAGUCAGACGGGCCUGGAUGAGCUGGAAACCAACGUAAUCAUAAUUGAUCAUGUCAAAUUUUUUUCAGAGAUAUUCUGGUUAGAGAUUGACACAUUCACAUUCAUAGAUACACUUGUGUAG